AUGGAUGGUCUAAAACAUGCAGAUAUUGGUGCGUGGAAAUACAUUGAAGAACAGCGACAUGCGUAUUUUGAUAAAAUGCAGGUCUGGGACUACACGGGCCUUGGAUACACAAGAUACAAUGCUAAAGAUGUCGAUCAAGAUAUUUUGGGGUGUGUUGUGGAGAAUAAAGUUCUCCAGAGUUCUCAGCUAUCUUGUUUUCAGGAAUCAGAUCUCCAGAAGACUAUUUAUCCAGCGAGGUUAAACUCGAUGGAUAUGCUACCAAGUUCUUCGUUGACUGGUCUUGGUGAAGUACCAUCCACAACAGAUUUGUUUAUGCGAGGACGUCUUGCUAAGCUGGAGCUAAGCGAUGGAAACAACGUCUAUGCAAAACUAGUGGUAGGCGCCGAUGGGUCUAAGUCGAGAGUGAGGGAGUUGGCAGGGAUCAAAACAACCGGAUGGAACUACUCACAGAACGCUAUCAUCUGUACAGUGGAGCACAGUGUCGAAAACUUCACAGCGUGGCAACGGUUCUUACCUAAUGGCCCCAUCGCGCUUCUUCCCAUUGGAGACAAGUUUAGCAACAUAGUCUGGACUAUGGAUCCAACAGAGGCGUCAGACCGCAAAACCAUGAGCGAGGAUGACUUCAUCAAAGCUGUAAACGACGCUCUGGAUUACGGAUACGGUCCACAUCCAGAGACGACAACGAGCUCACCGGGGGGUCUCUCUUGGCUUACAGGAGAUGUGACCAUAUCUGGCAAGGAGAGGUUUGAAACUCCACCAAAAGUUGUGAAGCUUUCUUCAGAGAGAAUGAUGUUUCCUUUGUCUUUAAAGCAUGCGAAAGAUUAUGUGUCGAAGCGUGUGGCUCUCGUUGGUGACUCAGCUCAUACUGUUCACCCGUUGGCUGGUCAAGGAGUGAAUCUAGGAUUUGCAGAUGCGUCUGCUCUCUCUAAAGCUAUAGCUGAAGGCAUUGCUCUUGGUACUGAUAUAGGAGAGACGAAUCUGCUCAAACGAUAUGAAGCUGAGAGGAAACCUGCGAAUAUAGCGAUGAUGGCGGUUUUAGACGGAAUCCAGAAGAUGUACGCAGUGAAUUUCGGACCGCUGAAUGCGUUCAGAGCGGCUGCGUUUCACGGUGCUCACUACAUUUCGCCGCUAAAGAAGCGUAUCAUAUCGUAUGCUUCAGGAGACCAAUCUUUGCCACUUUUUUCUUGA